AUUGGCUACCGCCCAUGGGGCGAUAUCGGCCCAGGGCGGUGCGGGGCGCCACCCGGCGAUGAUGGGGACGGGGACGGCGAUGGCGGCGGAUGGCGGGGCGGUGCGGCGGCGCGGCGGCCCGCGGCGUUCGGCGGCGGCCACGGAGCUGCCCGCCUGGCGGUUGCGCUGCGAGGGCGGCCGGCAGCGCUGGUGCUACCUAGGCGACGGCGAUGGUGACGACGGCGAGCCGGGCGGCGAGCGGCGGGCGCAGACGGCGCUGGAGGAGCACAGCCUCGGGCUAGACACGGGCACGACGCUGCGGCCUUUGCCGGCGGCCGGUACGGCCCGGGAGGCUGCCUGCAAGGGCAUGCAGUUCUACGCCGCCUUGCAGGCCGAGGACGGACACUGGGCAGGCGACUACGGCGGGCCCCUCUUCCUCCUGCCAGGUCUCCUCAUCACAUGCCACACUGUAAAGAUCCAGCUGCCGGAGGGGUUUCGGAAAGAGAUGGUGCGCUACCUGCGCUCCGUGCAGCUCCCGGACGGAGGCUGGGGCUUGCAUGUGGAAGACAAAUCGACCGUGUUUGGCACAGCACUCAACUACAUAGCCCUGAGGAUCCUGGGGGUUGGACCAGAUGACCCUGACAUUGUGAGGGCCCGUGUCAACCUGCACAGCAAAGGAGGUGCUGUGGGAAUCCCUUCCUGGGGGAAGUUUUGGCUGGCUGUCUUGAACGUUUACAGCUGGGAGGGAAUGAACACACUUCUCCCAGAAAUGUGGCUGCUUCCUACGUGGUUUCCAGCCCACCCGUCCCGGCUCUGGUGUCACUGCCGCCAGGUUUACCUCCCCAUGAGCUACUGUUAUGCCAGGCGUCUGUCAGCAGAAGAGGAUGAGCUCAUACGGAGCUUACGGCAGGAACUAUAUGUGGAAGACUACACCAGCAUAGACUGGCCAGCCCAGAGGAACAACGUGGCUGCCUGUGAUAUAUAUACCCCACACAGCUGGCUGCUGGGGGUUGCCUAUGCCAUCAUGAAUGUGUACGAAGCCCAUCACAGCACCCAUCUGCGGCAGCGAGCCAUCACAGAGCUGUACGACCACAUCAAAGCUGAUGACAGAUUUACCAAGUGCAUCAGCAUUGGGCCGAUUUCCAAGACGAUCAACAUGCUGGUUCGCUGGUUCGUGGAUGGGAAGAACUCCCCAGCUUUUCAGGAGCAUGUUUCCAGGAUCCCCGACUAUCUCUGGCUGGGCCUCGACGGCAUGAAGAUGCAGGGCACAAAUGGAUCACAGCUCUGGGAUACUGCCUUUGCCAUCCAAGCCUUCUUGGAGGCAGAAGCCCAGAAGAUGCCUGAAUUCACAUCCUGCCUCCAAAAUGCCUAUGAGUUCCUCCGGUUCACCCAGAUCCCAGAGAACCCACCCGACUACCAGAAAUAUUAUCGCCAUAUGAACAAGGGUGGCUUCCCCUUCAGCACCCGAGACUGUGGCUGGAUCGUGGCAGACUGCACAGCAGAGGGGCUGAAGUCAAUUAUGUUGCUGCAGGAGAAGUGCCCCUUCAUAGCUAAGCUUGUUCCCCCUGAACGCCUCUUUGAUGCCGUGAAUGUGUUGCUGAGCAUGAGGAACUCAGAUGGAGGCUUUGCCACAUAUGAAACCAAGCGAGGAGGCCACUUACUGGAGCUGCUGAACCCCUCGGAGGUGUUUGGUGACAUCAUGAUUGACUACACCUACGUGGAGUGCACAUCGGCUGUCAUGCAGGCACUGAAACACUUCCACGAUGAGUUCCCUGAGUACAGAGCCCGAGAAAUCAGGGACACUCUGCAGAAGGGCCUGGACUUCUGUCGCAAGAAGCAGCGAGCUGAUGGGUCAUGGGAAGGGAGCUGGGGGGUUUGUUUCACCUAUGGCACCUGGUUUGGUCUGGAGGCGUUCGCCAGUAUGCAGCACAUAUAUGAGGACAGGGCUGCGUGCCAAGAGGUGGACCAGGCCUGCAAGUUCCUCCUCUCCAAGCAGAUGGCAGAUGGUGGGUGGGGAGAGGACUUCGAGUCAUGUGAGCAGCGCACAUACGUGCAGAGUGCCAUGUCGCAGAUCCACAACACAUGUUGGGCCCUGCUGGGGCUCAUGGCUGUCAGGUACCCUGACAUCGAAGUACUGGAAAGGGGCAUCAAAGUGUUGAUUGAUAAGCAGCUGCCCAACGGGGACUGGCCUCAGGAGAAUAUUGCUGGGGUAUUCAACAAGUCAUGUGCCAUCAGUUACACUGCGUACCGCAAUGUCUUCCCCAUCUGGACGCUAGGGCGUUUCUGCCGGCUGCAUCCCAACAGCCCUCUUGCUGGGCAACUGCAAUCCAGAUCCUUGGCUGGAGCAGGGAAGAUUGUGCAGGAGGUCUUGUCUGCCUGAACCUGGGCCAUUGCAGAUGCCGUGGCCUCUAACUUGUCUUAGAUAUCCGCUGCUGCGUGGGGCCACGGGGGUGUUUCCUGCGUAGGAUAUCUCAGUGCUGAUCUUAACACAUGGACCGCUGCCUCUGCCAGGGAGGAGGGCUGUCAUGGUGCUGCAGAGUUGAACCUCUACUAAAAAUCUGCUUUUAAAGGUUUUUCCCAAGUAUAUCCUCCCUCACAGGAUGGGGAGUAAAGUGCCUUUUCAGACUGGUGAUCUGAGAAGGGAAAGCUGCCAGGCUGUGUUGUAUUACACGUCUAGACAGACUCUCUCAUCCUGGAUAGAGCAAGGCCACCUUUAUCUUCCCCUUGUGCUGUCCAGGUUGGCUGCCUGUGGCAAAAGUGUGGGAUUUGGGGCCUCCCCUGCGCCCAUCAUUGUGAUGGGGUGCACUGCACAAUCCCUGCUGAGCUGGCCUCUGUCCUGUGGGUGCCAGCAACCGCCUUUGAGGUGCUCUCUGCUCGGAAGCCUGUGCUGGGAGGGGAAGGGCACCUGUCCUCCCCCAGAAAGAUGGGAAAGAGGAGUGUGUCCCUCAAUUUUCUUACCGCCAGCUGGUGGCACCUGGCUUCCCAGAGCCUCACAGGUGAAGUCACCAGCAUCAUUCCCACUUUGAAAAAGGGGAAAUCGAAGCAGAAAGCACUGAGGUGGUGAGUGUCAGGGCACAGCCUGGCUAUGGCGUGGGUGGGCAUUCACAUUUCCUUGUCAGAGUUGGAAGUUGCAUUGACUGACAGAUUAAUAAAUUGCUAAUGGUGUUGAAAGUGGAACUUAACUGUGUGUUAGUCUCCUUAUGGUCUGGCCCAGUGUGUAUCCCAAGCAGAGGGGAGCUUGCACAGCAGUGUCCUGUAACCUGGCUUGGGUCACCUGUCCCCAGUGGUAUGGGCAACAUCUCCACCUUGCUUGCAGCCUGUGCCUGCUUUGCCCUCCUCCAAUAUCUUAGGCCCCAGAAAAAUAUAAUCAAGGAAGCAGCUGUCUAAAGGGGAAUGAUGGCUUCCCUCUGUCUGCUGCUUACACUCAUGCGAAUAAGCCCAGUGUGCAGUUGGCUGCACUCUCCCACACUCAUUGCCCACCUGGUCCAUUUUUGCAAAGCUGUUCCUCAGCCAGCUGGCUGCAUGGGGUUAUUCCAUCCUAGGGGAAAAAUGUUGUAUUUGCCUGGGUCUAACUUCAUAGAAGAACCAUAGAAUCAUAGACCUUCCCGCUCAACCCAUUUCUCCAGCCUCUGAGUGGCAGCUCUACUCUGUACCAUAUCCUUGAUCUGCCCAGGCUGGUAGGGUCUGCAGACUUUCUGAGCCUAUACUUCAUCCCCUCGCCCAGGUUGUUAGCUGGAAAAGCUUAUUUAAGUGAACUCCACUCAGGUUGUUUGGACAGCCCUGUUUGCCUUUUCCAAAUUCUGGACUCCUUUACACCUGCCUGUGACACUACUCUGCAUUUAAAGCACCUCCAUAUUCCCUGUUAUGAGCAGAAAGAGAGUUUUGUUGUAGUUUUGAUUUUGCUUUAUUUUUAAAUCAUUGUAGGGCAACUUGAUAAAACCCGUGUCCUUUCAACAAAUUAUUGUAAAGUUUUUUAUUAUUUUAUUUUAUUGUAUACAGUUUCUUGAUACCUAAUGCACUGAGCAACAUCGUGUUGCUAGGAGUGCUGCAAAGAAGCAGCUGUUUUAUGGCUAAAAUCCCAUUUUCAUUAUAAACAUUUUGGUUGGUAAGGGGACAAAGAUUUGUGACGUUAGAUACCAGUUAGCUGGGUUUAUGCCCUGUAUGGAUUCUUUUGUUUCCAUCUUUGCAUAAGAUCAGGAGCAGGGAGUGGCCAUUACUAAGCUUUCUUCUAGCUGAAACUGAAUUGAUUCAAGUGUCCUGCAGCUGUGUGCCUUGAGAGGAUGUGGCUGUUCGGAUUUCAACCUAGGUUUUGGCUUGAGAACAAAUUUCCCUUUAACCAAACAAAACUUGGGUUACCUUGCAAAUUUUACAGCCAUAAGCUGCUGAACGUAACUUAUUUUCUGUCUUCGAGUACUGUCUGCAGUUUUGGGUGCCUCAAUUUAAGAAGGACAUCAGACACCCUCGAGGUGGGGCUGCACCAGUGCAGCGUUGAACGGCUGGGAGUUUAUCAUCCCCCAAAUCGUGGUCUUCCAACAAUGUUACCAGGUUAGGGAUGAGGACAGUGAUUUGGCAUCCAGGAGACAUGAUGUCAAACCCUGCUCCCCAGCAGCUCUACAGGGCCAGGCUGAUCUGUUUUUCUUGGACGGAUCUCAAAAGACAUAGAAAUGUCUAAUUCUCAUGGAGUUCAGAAGUCAUCCGGAUCCUCAAAUACCUGUGGGGCUUUGGACCUAGUUUCUGCUCUACACUUGAAUUAGGAUUUAAUAGCACUUUCUCAUCCCCUGAUUUUGUCAAGACAGACAAGAGAGACAAAGACCAAAAAAGUCACCAUGACAAUCCAGACAUUUGAUACUUAAGUAAUACUUCUCUCACGCUGGUAGUGAAGUACUACUUUUUUCGUGCUGUCAUCAGUUUCUUUGCGUGUGGGGUUAGUUUGCGAUUUUCUCUGUUCAUACAGCUGCUGUUGUCCUUGAACCAAUUUCCAAAAUAGUCCUCAUCAAUUUAAAAAAGAGACUGUUUUUCUAUCAGGAGCUAGGAAGCUGGGCUUGUUGCUUCUUCAGGUCAAUGGCAGUCAGCUUUUCCAGCAAGAUGACCAUGUUCUUGCCACAAACAGGACCAACGUAUCUUGCUCUAAAACUAAUUUGUUUUCUAUGUUGAGCACAAGACUGUAAUUAUGAUUCCUCAACAGAGUGUGAAAGCUGUUCCCUAUGCCUGAGACAAAGGCCAUAUUAAUGGAUUUUAAGUCUUGAUGGUAUUGGUUAAUGUUUUAAAGCUGUCCUAGAGACUCCUGUGGUUUGAAGCCUCUUGGCUGUCAGCUCAGUUUUUUCAUGUGUCUGAGAAGCAGGUCCCUGGUUGAGCUAGGACAGUGACAUGACUUUGGUGAAAUUACAAUCUCGGGGCAGCUAGUAUUUUAAAUUCCAGCUGUGAGGUACUCUAAGGUGUCAUGACUCAAAGGCCAGGCUACGCAUAAGUUGGGAAACUUGGGUUCUUCAGUCUUCUAUUCAAAUUCAGCAUGCCAAAACUGGAACAUGUUGAAGUUGCUGAGGUUUUCUGAAUAUUAACUACCCUUCCACUUUCCCUCCCACCCCAAGAAACCAGAAACCCCCACUUUAGGAUUACUGUGUGAUGAUAAUUUCUUAAUCUAAUUUCUACAUAGGAAUAGCCAAGGUAAACAACAGCACUGACAAAAGAGAUAAUGGCCCCUAUCCCCAGCAGUUCACCCUUCUACCUUCAGGGGCUACUGCUUUUUAGGGGGGGGAAAAAAACCUCAGGACUAUCUUGUGCAAGGUUGCCAUCUUGGCUUUCAUUUACAAAAUAAAAAUAAAAAUCAAGCUACAUUU